AUGGCAGGUCUUCGUAUCGCCCUUUGUAUUCUAUUUGCUCUCUUCACGGUCUUAGCGUCUACCUCUAUGCUGGUACCCAUCUACCGUAAAGAUAAGGAUAACGUGACAAAAACCAUCUAUUACUCAUGCUUAAAAACAAAAGAGAACGGAAAAACCCGCAGUCAGCGUAUCUAUGACUUAGAUUGUGAUAGCGCACGACUUCUGCAUAUAUUUUCCCUGUACUCGAACGCUAUCGGCACAGCAUCUAGUGCAAUGUCGUGUCUUAUUUCUAUAAUUUAUCUCUGUGUCAGAUUUAGAGUAUGGAUUGCCCGUGUUGUAGUCCUCUUCUCCACCUUAUCCUUUCUACUGUUUACCAUAUGUAGUGCGUGCAUGUUGUAUAUGUUUUAUGCACCCAUGUGUCAAGAUACUAUGCAUGAGCAAUUCUCCUUCGAAAAUAGUGACUAUAAAUAUGACAGUGGAUUUUAUAUGAUGCUUAUGGUUAGUAUAGGUUCAGUCAUUGUUUUAGUGAUGGGUGCCUAUUUGUCCGAUAUGCACUCAUUUGAAAAAGAAGAUAAUGCCAACUAUGAGCUUGAAGAAUGUCAGUACUCUUGUGGGUCAACAUACUGUCCCGAGGGAUCCUUCCGAGGGAAUGAAUGGGAGUAUUCGGAAGAUGAAGUGAUGCGUUUUUAA